AAGCAGCUGAUGAUUGUGAGUCAUCAAUCCGGUUAUUUCAAUUGGAAGAGCAACUGAUUGGAGUCAACAUGUCCCAACAUUAUUGCGGCUACAACCCGCCGCCCCCGAAUUUCGAAACCUUUUUCCCGGAAAAAUACAAGGACCGACUGCAGCGACUUCCAGAUUUUAGGAAAUUGCGAUCGUCGUGGGAGAUCCACAAGCGACCCACCCUCGUAGUCCUCCAUGUGUUUGCGGAUGAUAUCGGAGCGCUGGAGAAGUGGAUAGAUAUGGCAUACCAACUAGCUGCCCCUGGAUGUCUGGGCGGAGAGAUGGACUUCUACGUGGACGAUCUGUGGAAAUCCUUCAUCUUCAACGAGGAUGACUUCAGCUUCCUUCGGAUUGAUAAAGGUUGUACCGUAGAUUCAUAUCCCCUGAUAUACGCCGCAAGUUCCACUGGAGAGGUUUUCUUCUUUGGGGAUUUCACUGGGCCACAUCUGCCCGACCUGGAGAGCCUCAGGCAUUUUUGCGAUCAGGUGAUAAAUGGGACAGCAAAGGAGCCCACUGCCAGGGAUCCCAAGGUGGAGAGUGUAAACCUAGACCGCUGGAACGAACUGGUAUACGCCGGCGAUAAUGAUGUAGCCGUUUGCUUCUACAACUCCCUACAAAACGGGGAGGAAGUGAAUAGAAGACUUAUGUCGGAUCUGGAUUGGCUGGGCCGUAACCUGAAGCAGGAGUCAGUGCUCCUGUACAAGAUGGAUAUACAUGGAACGAGUGUCCCCAAAAAGUUUGUCGUAGAGUCCACGCCCAGCUUCUUCUUCCUCCCGGGAACCCAGAAGCAUAAUCCCCUGCGAUGCAAGUACGAGAUCAACAUGUGGACAAUGCUGAAAUUUGUAGCCGAGAAUUCCAGCGAGGAGCUCAGUUACUACAACCGUCGAGGACGUGUAAAACUCCAUGCGGAAUUAUUAACACACAUAAAGGACUAUUUUAGCUUAAGCUGAAAUAAAACUCGCUAUUAGUUGUGGAGUUUAAGAGUUAAUCUAAAAGAGUUAAUUUGGAGUUUAAUCUGUCUUUAGUAUAACUUUAAAACUCCAUAAUGUUUAAACUUGAACUGUGGAUGUAGAUAGUAUAUAGUGCUGUAAAAUGUUCUGAAGAUAUUGUAUCUUGAAGUAUAUACUGAACAUUA